CAUGCGCGUGAGCUUAUGCAUCGCCUCGUGAGAAUAAAGCACAUUUUGCAGCCGCAGUUGGAAAAGCAUCCACUUUCUGAGUGUAACAGCAAAAUGGCUCCCAAAGUGGUACUUAUCACUGGUUGUUCGACUGGAAUUGGACUAGCCACGGCUGUGUAUUUAGCCAAAGAAAAGCAACAGGGAUUCAAGGUGUACGCAACACUGAGGAACUUGGUGUCAUCAGCCAAGCUGGAGAUAGCAGCGGGGGACACCCUGGACAAGACGCUCUUCAUCCGCAAACUCGACGUAACUAAGGAGGACACCAUCUCGUCCGUGGUGGACGAGAUUUUACGGGAAAAUGGGAGAAUCGACGUCCUGGUGAAUAAUGCAGGGUACAGUGGGAUUGACGGCAACGACCGAAACCCUUUGCCAUGGUGCAUGGCCAUGAUGGAUACCAACUACUGGGGCGUGGUGAGAACCACCAGGGCGGUGUUACCAGCGAUGAAGAAACAGAAGUCAGGCCGAAUACUGAAUGUGACCAGCGUUUCCGGAAUCAUAGGUACUCCUUUCUACGCCACAUACACGUCUAGCAAAUUUGCAGUCGAGGGGUUCUCUGAAGCGAUCGCGCCGGUGUUACGAGACGGUUACAACAUCAGGGUGAGCAUAAUCGAACCGGGCCCGGUCAAAACCAACCUGAUGGACGUGGUCAUGGGCGAUCCGGAAGGGGACGCCAAAGAUUUCGAUGACAUCACGCGACAGUUAUUCCUUGGUCAGGUGAAGCAGAUGCAGCCCAUCGUUGACGUGGUGGUGCAGAUCCCGAAGGACAUCGCCAAGCUACUGCAAGAGGUGAUACUCAGCGAGGAUCCGCACCUGCGGUACCAGACUAGCGAGGCUAUGACUAAGAUGGUUGCUGGUAAACUGGCCGAUCCUACCACUGACGCACUGCUGAACGUGUUGAAACAAUAAGACCCUGCUACGCCUAGCCAUCUUUGAAGUGUUUUACUGUCAUAUAAAAUGUUAAUUGUAAAUUUUCAAGGCAGCUCGGACUUUAUGGGAACUUUGAUUGUAAAAUUGUUGAUAUUAGUAUAGAUUAUUGUCUCACUGCAAGUCUGCUGGAAUACAUAUUUAUUUGGAGGGAUGCUGGAUUACAUCCAGCUCUGAUAUAGCUGUGAACCCAGUCCCCUGUGGUGCAGCCAGGGUUGGCCUUAGUACUGAGCUAAUUAGGGCAAAUUCAGGUCCGACUCCUCAAAGACAAAUCCUGCGUAGGCCACUGGAGGGAGUGAGUGCAUUAUCUUAGGCCUUUACGACUUUAAUAUUUCCAGUUUUUAGAAUAAUAAAAUCUAGUAAUGUGGAAAAAUUCGAGAGUUGAAUUCCACCGUGACAUAUUAUAUACGAGACUGAAGCACUCAUGGCUGCCGCCAUGCAUUGCCAAAAUCCAAUAAUGCACGGCGUUAUGGGUUUGCCCGUUAGAGUGUAGGCCUAGCACUAAUAAAUUUGUUUGAAUACAAACCUUCAAAAUUCACUUUUCUAUUUCACUCUCAUUUUCAACUUUUGUUUCACAUUUCAAAGAAUAUUCUGCUGCUUUGUUUGUUUCUACGCUAAAGAAUAUUUCAGUAUUCAUACACAAAACUGUGAUGUCAUCCCAGGGAGAAAGUCUAUUGUCCCAUUAGUUUGUACACAACAAUGUCCUGAAUUUUUUUAAUAGAUUUUUUGUGAACGACAUUUUGUAAUUUUUGUUGAUUCGUUGGUGAUUGUGCGCGUAGCCAUAAUUGAGCACCGAUGCUUUUUUUUCAGAAAUGUUUUAAGUAAGUGAAUUCAGAGUUCACAAGUUUAAUAGUAAGAUUUACGUAAUGGACUAUGUCUUCCCUGGAUGACAUCACAGCAACAGCGUCCCCAGUUGCCCCGGAAAGCAUUCAUUGACUAAUUUUAAGUGAUAAAAAAGUGCAUUUUUUCAGUGCAUUUAACUAAAUGGGAGUGCAAAAGAGUGUUCAUGCAUCAAAGAAGAGUACAAAGUGGCAGAAACAUUUGUGUCAAAGAAAAAUUCAUUGCAGCUACCAUUUAAUUAAAAGCACUGCGUGCCAAUUGCUCAGUUUACGGUUACUCCUCGUAGACGAUUU